AUGGCCUUCGCCGCCUCAAAGCUCGCAACAUCCACAGGCCCAAACGUAGCCAAAACCUUCCUCAGACACACAACCAAAUACCCCGAACCCUCCCAACUAACCCUAAAAGAGUACGCCUUCUACUAUGACACCACUCCCCCUUCCCUCCAACAGCUACAGCAUGCCGAAACCUUCUUCAAAUCCUCCAAACACUCCCCCAUACAGAUGUGGACCGCAAGUGAAUUCCGCACCAUACCCAUGUCCAAUGUGCCCGAGGUGGUGUUCCUGGGCAGAUCGAACGUGGGCAAGAGUUCGCUGCUGAAUGCGCUGAUGGAACGGGACGUGUGCUAUACGUCGUCGAAGCUCGGGCGGACGCACACGCUUAAUGCGUAUGGGGUUGGCGGGAGGAAAGACGGGGAGGCGCGGGUUGUCCUAGUUGAUACGCCUGGAUAUGGGAAGGGGAGUAAUGAGAAGUGGGGGGAGGAGAUUAUUAAGUAUUUGACGAAGAGGAAGCAACUCCGGCGCACCUUCGUCCUCGUUGACUCCCACCACGGCAUAAAACCCGGCGACCGCGACGUCUUCUCCCUCCUCCGCUCCGCCGCCAUCCCGCACCAAGUCAUCCUCUCAAAGGCCGACUCCGUCCUCGUUAAGGGCAACUCAAAACGCGUCCCCCGCGGUAUCACGGAGGCCAAAGUUCGAAAACUCGCAUCAUUCGCUGAGAGGAUUCUGUCCAAGGUGCAGCCCGAUCGAGACGUGGGGAAUGGCGGCGUUGAGUUGGGAGUUCCGGCGUUGGGGGAGAUUAUUGCCUGCUCGGCGCGGGUGAUGAAUGAGUAUGAAAAUUAUUUGGGGAUUAAUGCGAUUCGAUGGGCGGUUCUUCGGGCGUCCGGGUUGGGGAGGAACGAGGAGAUUAGGUAUAUAGGGGGAAGAUGA